AUGUCGAAACAACUCUUCUCCUUCCUCCCCGGCGGCCCCAACGAGGUCCACAUCGAGUACCCCGCCUCCCUCUACGCAAAAGACCCCACAAAGCUGCCCCAGCUCUCUCCCGAGCUCUGGGCCCAUGUCCUCUCUUUCUGCCUCGAGCCGCCUUCUUUCCAAUUUGACGACUACCAGCCCCAGCGCGCCCUCGCCACAUGUCUCCGUGUCAACACUACAUUCUACAUCGCUGUUGCCCCCAUCCUCUAUCGAAGCCCUGGUUUCUUUGAUAUCGGCAACUUUUUGCUCGGCGCCGACAACCCCGUCCCUGCUGAUCUCGCCUCUCAGACGCCCGGCGUGGACAAAGACAUGAUGUACUUGAAGCACGGCAACACCAAGCUGCCCCUCCUGCGCCAUGUCCGCCGCAUCACCCCUCUCGCUUGGGAGAUUGACAUGCGGGAUACCGCUGAUAUCAUCGCCGACCAAACACGGUCUAUCGAGCUUGCGAAUACGAUUCUCCAACCGAUUAUCCGUCAUCAGCCUCGCCCACCGGUAGAAAAUUCCCCAUUCUUCCCUCACUUGAGCCAGAUCGCCAUCGACCCGUCGUUCCGGGGCGGCUCGUUGGGCAAGCAGACCGAGAUCAUCCGUACCGAGUUCUCAGACGACUUUACCACCCUCCACAAAUCCCUGCUCCUCUCCGGCCCUCUACCCAAAGCCGUCUGCUGUACCGACCACCCGUCCGUGCCCGUGCUCCGUGCACUGGACUGGGUCGACCGGAAGAAGGGCACUUUACCGCGGGUGGUGACGAUCCAUACGGAAUUGAAAGAGGCAUUCGAUAUCAUAUUUGGCGUGACCACCCGGAUCUAUGUGGACUAUUCUGAACACGAAGACCCCGAGACGUUUGACUUUUUGCCCCAUGAGGGCGAUGCGCUCUUGCCGCGAGAUGCUGUGAUCGACUUUUUCAUGGAAAUGUUUGAAGACUCGAGUCCUGCUUUUGGCAGCACUAUGACAGAGCAUUGGGAAGGGGUGGUGGAGAAUACGGUGAUUGAGGUGUAUGGCCUGGAGAAUAUCGUUGAUUGGGAAGAAGAGGAGGAUGAGAGCGAUAGCGAUGAGGAUUAUAGCGAUGAGAGCGACGGGAGCGACGAGUAUAGCGCUAUACGCGAGGAACUCGACCGCCAGGAGGGUAACGGGCCCAACCCCCGUGGAUUGAACAACCCCUCCGGCGCCCCAGUCUCCGAGUCCAACCCGCGCCGCAAGUAUCUCCGCAAACUCCAAGAGGAGCUCUUGGAGAUCAUGGGUGAUGUUGGGGGGCAUAUGUAUCUGCCAAAGCUGCGGUUCAAGUUGGGGACGGAUGCGCCGCCAUGUGAGGCUUGUGGGCGGGGUCCGCUGGCUGGCCCUCUGAGAGCGACGAGCGGAGCCAAGGAGGGGAGCGAGGGGGAGUGGACGGAUAUCGAUUAG